AGUCUUGGAAACAUUUAGUUAUCAUUUAGUUAUCGAUAUCGCGACCAACAAUGAUGAUCAACAUUUUCUAGUGUAAAAUGUGUGUUAAUUCAGACUCGACGUUGAACGUCGUUUCUUGAUACUCUUUUCAGGAUUAUAAUCAUCAUCAUCUGUAAACUCAUCAUUAAACUCAUCUCUAGAUUGAUCGAUAAUUUUCAUCUUUAACAAUUUCCAUUUCAAUUUACAUCCAAACAACAACAACAAUUAGAAAUGAAUUUAUCAUCUUUAAUCAAUUUACUUUUCCUUUUAUCUUGUUUAAUUAUAUUAACUGAAUCUCGUGUCCAUGAAAUAGCCACUUUUGGUGACGGUUUAGCCUCAUUACCUUGUGAAGUUGAUUUUAAAAAUUGUGGUGAAAUUUACUUCAUAACUUGGUCGAAAAAUGUUUCAAAUGAAUGGCAAAGAGUCUAUUCAUAUUCACAAGGCUAUCAAAAAGCAUUGGGCCAUUUUAGUGGUCAACCAAAUAGAAUAUCAAUGGACGAUUCCAACAUGACAACCACUGGAAUUGCCUAUUUGAGGAUUAAAAAUUUAGCUUUAAGUGAUGAAGGAACCUACAAGUGUGAUGUUACUUAUGUCCAUGGGAAUUGUCCAUCUUUAACUUACUCCAAGUUGUUCACAUUAGUUAAACCUGGAAAACCUGUAAUCCGAAUUAAUGGCGAACCUUUAGAAUCAAAGUUAUUGUUGAAAACUGAUGAAUCCAGUGAUAUAUCAAGGAUAGAUGUAAAGUAUAACCCUGACAAGGUUAAAGUAAAUAGCAAUGUAAAUAGUGGCAAAAGUGUAAAUAAAAACAUCAACGAAAGUGAUAAUGAUAGUGAUUGGGAAUCAACAGUUUACCAAGUGGGUCCGUUCACCGAAAGUUCAACCCUAACCUUGGAAUGUUCAACAACCGGAGGUCGACCCAUUCCCGAGAUAAAAUGGUUCAAUGGGACGCGUCCAUUGCGAUCAAAGGUUAACCUGAUUAACCGCGAAACUGGACCAAGUGUAACCUCAACCAUUCGAUUGGUAGUUACUCGAAGUGAUGUUGGCGUUAAAUUUGGCUGUUCAGUUUGGAACAAUGCAACCAAAAUUCCAUUAACCAAAUGGAUUUCCCUUGAAAUACAUGUUAAACCUUUAUCAUUGAAACUUCGCCGACCAAAGGCUCCAGUUGUUUCGGGUGAAAUGGUCUCAUUGACUUGUACUGUCGAUGGUGCUCGACCACCAGCCUCCAUUGUUUGGUUCAAUCGAUCAGAAGUUGUAACGCCACAUCCAACUUCAUCAACAGAUUUAAUGUCUGAUGGAACCUACAGAACUUGGAGUAAACUCGUUUUCAUAGCAUCACGUUAUGAUCAUAAUGGCGAGUUUUUCUGCAAAGGAGUCAAUCAAGUUCUCAAGGAACGCAAUGAAGUUCCCAUGAUUGAGAUGACCAUGUUGCAAGUUUUAUAUCCACCAGCAGUGACAAUCGAUCCUGGAGGUCGAAUUGCAGUCAACGAAAGUUCAACCAUAAACUUGGCCUGUUCUUUUGAUGCCAAUCCACCCAAUGUUUCCGACAUCGUUUGGUACAAAGAUGGUAAUCUAAUCACUGGCAAUGAUCGCCGAUUGCCCAUUCAAAUUGAUGAAACAUCUUUAACCAUUAAAAAUGUCACCCACAGUCACUCAGGUUUUUAUUCCUGUUCCUUGAAAAAUUCCUUUGGAACAGGCAACUCUACUAAUCAUGCAUAUAUCGAUGUUUGGUAUCCACCCAAAGUGUCUAUUGAUCUUCGUCCGUCCGUCAUCAUUGAAACAGGAAAAUCUCUUAUUCUUCAGUGUCUUGUUUCUCAAGGUAAUCCUGUUACCCUGACUCACGUCCAAUGGUACUUCAAUGGGAACCAUUUUGAAACAACUCAUGACCCAAGUGCUUCUUCAUUAACACUCACCAAUAUAACAAGUUCCCACACCGGCAACUAUUCGUGUUUAGGAUUCAAUGGAGCCCGUUAUCCGAGUCCAAUCUCAUCUCCUAAACAAUUGAUUGUUCAAUAUAAACCAAGCCAAGCCAAUCUGACUGUCCAUUAUUUGGGUGAAAUGGCUUCAAAGGGAAUUACUGUUACCUUGGUUUGUUCACUGAUGGGUGACUCUGGUAAUCCACCGGCUCAUUCAUUUGUCUGGCUUCACCAAGGAACUCUUUUGGAAGGCGUUGAUUCCUCAAGUUACUCCAUAAAAUCCCUAUCAGUUUCCAAUCAGGGAAAUUAUUCAUGUGCUGCUGUUAAUAAACUCGGUGAAGGACCGUUUUCACAUCAAAUAAUCAAAGUCAAAGGAGCUCCUCGUUUGAUUAAAGGCCUUCCAGUAACAAUGGGAAUAUUGAGGAAUCAAUCGGUUACUGUUUCCUGUCAAAUUGAAUGUGAACCUUUAUGUCCAAUUGAAUGGUUCAUCAACAAUGAAAGUCUUGGCGUAGCUUCUUCUUCUUCAUCAUCAUCAUCACCAUCUUCAUCAUCAGCAAGAGUAACAACAGCAACAGCCUCAUCAUUAUCCAGUGAUGCUUACGAUAGUUUAGCCGAUGGUUAUGAGGUUAUCACUGAAGGAUCAGAUGAAUCUUUGUUAUCCUCAUCAUCAGCCUUUUAUCACAUUAACUUUUCAUUGAUCAAAGAGGAUGCUUCAUCUAAUCAAUUAGCUUCCUCAUUGAGCUACCUUUACAUUAAAAAUAAUUCAUGGCUUCGGGAUAAUGAUAUAAUCUCUUGUCAAAGUCAAACAAAUGGAUUAGGACCACCAGUAAAGAGCAGCACAAUCUAUCGAAAUGAAUAUGCUCCUGAAAGAGUGAAAAUUUCAAUAAGCCAAUUAGAACUGUUGGAAGGUGAUAAAUUUGCCGAUAAUUUGGUUGUUUGCAGUGCAUCAGCCAAUCCAAGUGGACAUUAUCACUGGAUAAAAGGAUCCACUGGUCAAUUAAUCUCACAAGGAGCCAACCUUUAUUUCAAUGAAACUCGAAUAAACAAAGAUUUGAGAGAUAAUUAUACUUGUGUUGUUACAAAUAAACAUGGAUCAGGACAAGCUCAUUUCAUUUUGAACGUUUUAUAUCGUCCCGAGUGUUUUAUUCACAAGGAAUCACUUGGUGGUAAUCGAUGGCUCUUGUCUUGUGAAGCAACUUCCAAUCCGCCAGUUCUUAACUUCACUUGGUAUCGAUAUAAUCGAACUGUUGGUGAAACAGUUUCCUCUCUUUCAUCUUCACUCGCUUUAUCAUCUUCAUCAGCUCAAUCAACUUCUCCGUCGACAGUUAAACUGGAGUUUCUUUCUUCUGAUUCCAACUCUUUUCCAGUUUCCUCUAAAAGGCUGGCAAGUCUAUCUGAAGAUCGACAAAGUUCAGUUCUGGUUUUGGAAGAAAAUGAUUUAGAAGCAUAUUCUUGUAUAGCAACCAACGUAAUUGGAACUUCACUUCCAUGCAGGUUAAAGCAAGUUCAAAUUAACGCUCCUUCUGGUUGGGUUCAGUUGUUGUUUAAGGACGAAAACUUGAUCAUUGUUGGCUCUGCUUUUGGCCUUAUUUUAUUCGUUGUUGUCUUUGGUUUGGCCAUUGGUUUGGUCUUUUUUGGCCGUCGCAAGUUGAAGUCUCUUGAAAAGUCUUCAAGUGUUCAAACUCAUCAUCAUUCACUUGGUCGACAUCAUUAUGAUCCGUCUCAGGCAAACUCGACGCUCCAUCAUUAUGCAACUCAACAGAAUGCGAAUCAUCAACCUUACCAAUCAGCCUCACAACUUCACCAAGAGCAACAAUUGCAUCCUCAGGUUCAUCAUCAUCUUUACAAUUCGCUAACCCGUAAUUAUCAUAACGCUAAUGUGAAUAAUAAUAAGAAUCAUUCAUCAUCACUUCAUCAUUAUUCAAGUCAAAAGUAUGCAUCAAUUAAUCAAAGCAAAACAUCAUCACUCAAUAAACUUCCCAUUCUUGAAGAGCGAACCAUACCUGAUGGACGCUGUUCAGACAACAAUUGCGAUGCAGACGAUAUCUCACCCUACGGACAUCAAAGAUCACCUUUAAUCACCCGAAGCCAUCAAUGCAUAACACUGGGUCCAGUGAGCAGUCCACUGCUUCUAUCCGAGUAUCUAACCGAUGACAAUGAAAGUGAAACCCAAAUCACUGAAUCGCCAAACUCGAUGAACCACUAUUACGAGUCAACCUCACCCUUACACCGUGCCAACUACAAGAACACAGUCAACUCUAAAUCCCUGAACCUAUUAGCCAACACCAACAACAACAGUCAAAACACUUUUAUAAAUGUAAAUAACAGUCACAACGGCAACAACACUCACUAUUCCCACACCUUGAUCCACGAACACUCAACCAACCCUCACUAUAACAUACCUUUAACCUUAUCUCGACAUCCGCCUCCGUUGCCUCCAUUGCCACCCGAACGGACUCAUCGUCACCAUGCAAACCCUGCGAUUUACGACUAUUCACGUUACCACACAAAUCGAAUAACAUGAAGAAAAGUCAAAGGAAAACAAAGGCAAAAGCCAAUGUCGAACCUAGAACAUAUUUAAUCAAGCCGAAUUGUCUCAUCUUGUAAUCAACAUUCAUCAUCAUCUCAUGCCUGACCAAAACUCAUCUCUACAUCUUGACCUUUCAUUUACUUGGUAAACUUUUUCAAAAGAAUAAAAGAUUUUCAGUUUUCUCUCGUCAAACAAUCUUCGCGUUUUGCGUCUUGUUCAAGAUGGCCUUUACCUUUCCAUUAUCAUCAUCUUCGUCAGACUUGUAAUUAUGUUGAUAGAGCAAACCUUUUCACGAUUCCUUUCUCCAUGCAAAGUAAACCUGAAUCGAUUAAACACUUGAAUUGUACAAAAGAAAGAUGAACAAUCAACUUUGAUUGCAUUUUGUAUAAAGUUUGUAAAGUUCUUGAUUAAAUCAAUUUGCAUUCAA